AUGGCGGGCACAUCGCCGGAGCUGCCUCAGGACAUCCUCAUGGUUAUCUUCGCCACCCUUGAGAUCCCUGACCUCGUACGUGCCGGCUCUGUCUGCUCCUCCUGGCACUCGGCAUAUAGGAGGCUGCGCAAGCACUACAAGCGCGCGCAGACGCCAUGCCUCAUCUACACUUCCAAAUCAGGUGGUGAGAACGUUGCUUGCCUCUACAGCCUCGCGGAGAACCGGGUCUACAAGUUGACUCUUCCAGAGCCACCUAUCAGCACUAGGUAUUUGAUUGGGUCCUCGCUAGGUCUGCUGGUUACAGUUGACAACAGGUCCGAGAUGCACCUUGUUAAUCCAAUCACUCGUGAACAGAUUGAUCUGCCCUCGGUGAGCACCAUCGAGCAGCUCUCAUUUGCAAGGACAGGGGAUGAUAGUUGGACAUGGCUGCCACCAUACAUGCACUAUCAUGAUUGCAUUUACAAGGAUGGCCUGCUGUGCGCAGCGACUAGAUUGGGAGAAAUUCAUGGUUUCAAUCUUAGUAGCACUAUGGUCACGAUGAAGAUUAUUAUGGAGGGGCCCCAGCCUGACAGGGGUCCGAGUGUGAAAAAUCCCCUCGCGCACUGCGGUUGCGACGCUCGGCAUCCAAGCCUCCUGUUGUCCUACCUCCGCCUCGGUGCUCCUGCUCGUGGUCGGGCGGAGCCCGUCAAGCUGCUUGGCUACGAGGUCGUGCCCCACGCUGACGUCGUGCAGCCGCUCCAGGAGGAGCUAUGA